AUGCAGCAAUUCACCCAGUGGAAGAACUGGAGACGCCCGUCCCAACGUCAACCGCAUGAGCCGGUUUUAACAACCGAAGAUGAAGCAUUUCUACGAGAGAUUACCUCUGAUCCGGCAAAGCAAGGGCCGAUAUCGCCUACCAUCGAAAAUGAUACCCCUCUAUCGCCCGUUUCUCCCGUACCCACAGAUACUUUCGAUGCUACCCAAUCACCAGUGUCACCGGCAGAGGAGUUUGGAAAAGAGCUAGGGGAGGAAGAACGGAAGACUAGAGAAAAGACAGAGCGCUCUCAGAGUGUUUCUCAAGGCUCCAAAGCUGAGAGCUCUACACAGAAGAAGAGGCCCUGGAGCUGGAUCCGGCGGAAGAGCACGGUGGACAAGAAGGGUAGCGAAAGCGCGAGCGAAGCAGCUCCCGCACCAAGUGCCUCAAAUGAUGCACAGCCCGCUCAAGCUAAAGAAGACGAUGAAGCGAAACAAGAAGCAGAAGAUAUGACGGAAAUCCUCGAGCGCCUCAACCUGGCGGCCGAAAACAACCGCGUAUUCUCGAUAAGUGACGAAACACGGGAACUCCUUCGUAAAUUCACAUUGAUCUUCAAGGACUUGGUCAAUGGUGUUCCAACUGCGUAUCAUGAUCUUGAGAUGCUCCUCAAGAACGGCAACAAGCAACUGCAAAGCACUUACUCGAAUCUCCCGAAGUUCCUCCAGAGCCUGAUCGAGAAGCUUCCUGAAAAAUGGACUGAGACACUCGCCCCCGAAGUUCUCGCGGCUGCCACCGAGAAGGCCAGUAAAAGUGGUAUCAAUGUGGACAAUGUAGGCAAGGCGGCGGCGGCCGCCAACAAAAUGGGACUUAAGGUUCCCAGCCUGAAAGAACUAGUAGGGAAGCCAGCCGCGCUUGUAGGGAUGUUACGAUCCAUAAUGGCAUUCUUACGGGCUAGAUUCCCCGCAGUGUUGGGUAUGAAUGUACUCUGGUCAAUGGCAUUAUUUAUUCUUUUGUUUGUCCUCUGGUAUUGCCAUAAACGGGGCCGCGAGGUUCGCCUCGAAAAUGAGCGUCUUGUCACAGAAGAGGAGAUUGGUAAACUGAAUGACGAGUCACCUGAAGGGAAGAUCCGCAAUACUGAGACGUUGACGACCACGGCACCCCGAGGAGCUUCCGCGGCGGAGAUCCGCCAAGGCGUAAAGGAGGUGCAACAAGCACGAGAAGCCGCCACGACUACGAACGAUGCAAAGGACAAGGAGAAUGAACCUAAAGACGAUAUUUCUACCAGGCCAAAACGAUCCAAGUCAAUUCUAUCAAUCUGGCCUAAGUCGGACCCGAAACCGACACCGGCAGGGCCGAAAAUUGAACCCUACCCAGGUACCUGA